CAAUAAAGAAUGUGAGUGGCAAGAGGCAAUUAGUCAACAGAAAACAAAGUGUGAAAUCUCGACCAGAAUUACGCCCAAUAAUGAAUAAUUUGGAUAGCUGCGGUCAGGCUUUCCACAAAUUGGAAAAAGAAACUUCCAAUUUGUCUUUGUUAAAAGACCGUGUAGAAAAGUAUCAUGAUUUGUCAACGCAAAUGUCAAGCAUUCUGACGGUUUUUGAACAACGCCUUGGAAAAUUGGAAGAAACUAUUCUACCGGUAUACAAGGAAACGGAACAACUCCAAAAGCGACAACAGAAUUUGGACGCUACUUUAGGUUGCCUUGAAACUGUGCUCGCGCACUAUGAUGUUUCUCAAGAGGUGUGCAACCUUAUCCAUCAAGGACCAAUAGAAGGUAAUGUGAGUAGCUUUCUUGAAGCCUUGGGAAAGUUACGUGCUGCUAUGGAUUACUUUUUGCACCAUAACUCUCAAAGUGUGGAGCUAGAAAAUGUCACAAGCCUUUUUAAUACGGGCUGUGAAGGUCUUAAUCAACAUUUCCGAUUAUUGUUAAAGAAACAUAGUGUCCCGCUAAAACCAGUUGACCUAUUAGAUCUUAUUUACAUAGAGGAUGAUUCUAGUGAUGAGUACACAUCGUUCCGACAGUUGUCACAAAACACUAGAGAAGAACUUGCUACGAUUGCCCAUUGGUUGGAGCAAAAUUUGCGGCGAGAGUACACAAUAAUUUAUGCGGCAGAAAGAGGUGAAGUGGUUUUACGUUCACUCCAAAACUUAAAAGAUCACCAGAAAAGUAGCAGUUGGGGUCACGAAGCUUUGAAACCUCGACAUAGCGGACGACCAGAUGUGAAGAAAAAUACGUCGGCACGACUGCAACAAAUUUUCGAGCGAAAAGCUAAUAAAUUGUAUCUGCGUGCGACUCAGACACUUGAACAGUCAACAGGAAUAUCGAUAAAAAAGGCAUCAUCGCACUCUGAACACUUGUCCGCCGAAGAGUUCAUGGAUGGAGAUCAAGAACUAGACAAAUAUCUUGUAAUGCUAUUGGGACUGCAACGCCUUCUAAAUUGGGAACGCGCCCUAAUGACUGAAAUUGUGCCUGCCUCCAAACAUGGAGAAGUUUUUUCCAAAUUGGCUUACAAUUCCAUAGAACUCGUGGUUAAAGAUGCAGAAGCAAUUACAAAUCGCAUAAUGCGUUGCAUUUCACGAAAAGAGUGGACAUCUGCUUUAGGCAUAUUUUCCGCACUUAAAAGGGUAAUUUUGCUUCAACCAGACAUUGAACGUACCUACGAUCCACAACAACGCGAACAACUUACUAAGGUCCUAAAUAAACUUCAAGUUACGGGGGCGAAAGCUUUAGAACAUUUUCUUGAUGUGGUUAAAGGUGAAUCUGGCACGAAUAUAGUUGGUAUGAGUUCAAGUACACUUGGCUACGGUUACGUAAAUGUCCCUAAAGAUGCGACAGUGCAUGAGCUCACUUCGAAUACUAUUUGGUUUAUAGAACAUCUUUAUGAACAUUACGAUGUAAUUGGAGCUAUUCUACAACAGGAUGUUCUUUACAGUACUCAAUUGGAUACAAUUCUAAUGAAAAAAGCUUUGCCAGGUGAAGAGCGCAAUAAAGCAUUGUUGGCGAUUUAUAUCAAAAAGGCUUUAGCGGAAUUGAACCUUUCCAUAAUGAAUAAAUGCGAGCAGUAUAACGACCAAGCCACGAAACAUCUGUUUCGUCUUAAUAACAUUCAUUACAUUCUUAAAUCUCUACAGCAAUCAAACCUAAUUGAUAUUGUUACAUUAGCGGAGCCCGAAUGCGAACAAAGCUAUUUAGACAUGAUCCGCGAACUAAAAUUUUCUUACCAAAAGACUUGGUCGAAAAUGCUAAUAAGUAUAGGUGUAGAGGAAUUGCCUCGACCCUCUCAUGGUAAGGUGAAGGAUAAAGACCGCAGCAUACUAAAGGAGCGAUUUUCGACGUUCAACAAAGAUUUUGAGGAAGCUUGCAAAGUGCAACGAGGAAUUUCAAUUCCAGAUGUUAUUUUGCGAGAGGGUAUAAAGCGCGACAAUGUAGAGCACAUACUUCCAAAAUAUAAUAAGUUUUAUGAAAUGUAUGCGUCCGUGCAGUUCAGCAAAAAUCCUGAUAAAUACGUAAAAUAUCGUCCUCAUGAAAUCAAUCAAAUGCUAAGCAAACUUUUUGAUGAUUCUGCUUGAAGCAGCUUACUAUAAGUAUUACAAUGAUUCUUUAACUUACUUUGUUCUUUUUAAUAUUUUUUAUUAUUAUUUUUAUUUAAAAAUAUGCAUAUAAAAAUUUAAUAAAUAUAAACACAGUUUCUAUUAUA